AUGUAUUGGAACGUCGAAGGGAUGCGAGCAUUGCUGGACCAUCGGGGCUGCGAUGUCGACGUUGCGGAUAUGGUCAUGGUUCGCGAUCACAUCGGACGCUUGCCAGUUCAUUGGGCUGCCAGUGGCCCUGGCUAUGAUGAGGUCAUGCUUCUGGAGGAAAUUAUUACCCCUAGGAUGAUCGAUCCACUCAAGCUAUUGCUGGAUAGCAAAGACGAUACUAUCAAUAUGCGGGACAAUGAGGGGAAGACGGCGUUAUUCCAUGCCAUGGCCGCCCAUGCAGCUUGUGACUGCGAGCAUUUGAAUGCGACUGCUACCUUUCUAUGCGAACAUGGCGCAGAUGCGAGUAUAUGUGACUCAAAGGGGCAGAGUGUACUACACGCCUUGGGGUAUCAAUCCGCGCAGGGCGAUAUCAUCGAUACCAGGUUGAUAGAUCUGCUGGUGUCUCACGGUGCUAAGGUACAGCAGGCUGAUGAGAAUGGCGUCACCGCUCUUCAUGUCAUGGCCGUGAAUCUGCGACAGAUCCGGGCAACUAGGUAUCUUCUCAGACUCGGUGCCGAUGCCACUGCGACAGAUUCUAAGGGUAACACGCCUCUCCAUCUCGUGGCCAUGCGUGCCAUUCUCUCUGCGCGUGCCUCCAGUGGUGGAACUGCUAAGGGCCCGACGGUACAUGACCGGAUCAGAGUGCAGGGUGAGAUUAUGGGCGUCUUGUUGGAGGCUGGGGGCAGUGAGAUAAUGGAUCAGCCUAAUUCGGCGGGGGAGACUCCGCGAGAGCUUGUUGAGAAGGGCCGAGCCAAGUGGUGGGAAGACUAUGCUAGGAGAAUGCGAUCCUCUGGAGGGCGUAGGUAG